AUGGCCCACUCCGCAGCGCCUCGCCACACACUGCCCGCUACGGCCCCACUGCAGGACUGGGGCUGCCGCGGCCCCCCGGACACCCUGGGCUACAGCAGCAGCUCGCCCGCAGCAUCGCCCGACUCCUGCGGCCUCGCGUCCCCCGCUGCCGCCCGGGGACCCUGCCGCGGGCACGCCGCCCUCCGCCCCCGGGGCAGGAAGGGGGCGCGGGGCGGCGGGGGCCCGGGGGUCCCGCGGCAGAGCGCCAGCGAGCGGGAGAAGCUGCGGAUGCGGCGGCUGGCGCAGGCCCUGCUGCGGCUGCGGCACUACCUGCCACCUGCGCUGGCGCCCGCCGGGCAGACCCUCACCAAGAUCGAGACCCUGCGCCUCGCCACCCGCUACAUCGCCCACCUCUCCGCCCUGCUGGGACUCGGCCGGGGGGCGCCGGCCCCCCGACACUGCCCCCUCUGCCCCCGGGGCCUGGGGUGCUGCCAGGACACGGACCCCCGGGAUGCUUCAUCCCCCGGCACUGUGGGCUGGGUGUCACCUCGCAUGGCGGGCCCCCCGCCAGAGCUGCACGGGGCUCCCGGCAUGGGGACAGAGCCUUGGGGGUCGCCCCCUUUUGGCUCUGCUGCGGGGACUCCCCCAGAGGUGUUUGGGGGCUCGGAUACAGGGUUAGAGACCUGGGGGUCACCCCCUUAUAUCCCUGUGACAGGGACCCUCCCAGAAGUAUUUGAGGGUCCCAGCAUAGGGAUGGAGACCUGGGGGUCGCCUCCCUACACCCCUGCAACAGGGACUCCCCCAGAGGUGCUCGGGGUCUCUCACAUCGCAAUGGAUACCUGGGGGUCGCCCCCCUACAUCCCUGCAGUGGAGACCUCUCUGGAGCUGCACAGGGCUGUCGCCUCCACCAAGUCCCCCUGGCUGACCCCUCCCCACUGCGCAGGGGCUGAGGCCCCCCCAGAUCCACUCCUGGACGCGGGGCUGGUGCUGCCGGAGUUCACGGGAGCAGGGACAGUCACCCAGGACCUCUCUGCAGACCUGCUCUCGCUGCUGGAGGCUCUGCUCCCGCCACAGCCCCUGCACUGA